CUUACUCACACAGUCUCUGCUGACAGGCUGCCGCGUACAUUUGUUGUGUACGGAUCAAACAUGGGCACCAGCGAUGACUAUGCGACGCAGAUGGCCGAGCAGCUGAAGCGCAUGGGGUUUGCUGACAUUACUCUAGUGUCGCUGAAUGACUGGGAUUUUGCUUCAAUGCAGUCUGCCGAUGGCAGGCGCUCUCUGGUUGUGGCUAUUACCAGUACGUACAACGGAAUGCCACCCGACAACGCCAGAAACUUUGCCAAGCUGCUCGACCAGGAGACCCGCGCCGAUAUCCUCAAGGACGUCGACUUUGUGCUGUUUGGCUGCGGCAACUCGCUCUGGCACACGUUCCUGAAGUUCCCGCGCCAUCUGUACCAGCGUCUUGAUGAGCUUGGUGCCACGCCACUGACGGAGUUUACAGCGGGAGAUUCCAACGACGAUCUCGACGACGAGUCGGGAAUGAUUCUGACUGAUCACUACGGCUCCAGUUCGCUGUCGUACUCGCUAAAGUACGUUGACAAACAGCCCUGCUGCCCCCGUUCAGAUUGUCACUGGAGAACGCAUCAGUCAAAGUCAACCGGAGCUGCAGGACGUCGAAAGGAGCGAUAUCUCGUACACGACUGGCGACCACCUCAAUAUCUACCCAGUCAACCGCCAGGUGUUGUGCAGCUCGAGCUGGAUACAGUAUUCGAGCUGGAGCAGCAGCAGCUAUCUAUGGCCACGCAUGCACCGUCGGUGAUGCCUCUCCAAUAUGUCUGCGACUGGAAGGAAGCACCUUCACGCGAGCUGGUUGUUGCGCUGAGUGAGGCUUCAGGCAAUGAGCCUGCCUAUGAUUCGCUGCGCAAGGCUGCUGAAGACGUCAACACGCUAGGCAAGCAGUCGGCUGGCUGGAGUGCAUUCACAGCACAGAACCGCACUGUUCUGGAUGUGCUGCGCACGUAUGCACCGCUGGUGCGCCAGAUUCCAUUUGCAACGCUGCUUCACUUUGUGUCGGCCAUGGAUCCCCGGCGGUACUCGAUCGCCAGCUGCCAGUCGGUUGUUGGCAAUGAAGUCCACAUCUCAGCUGCCAUUGUCAACGAUACCGUCAAUGGCCGCUCCUACGGUGGUCUGGCAACCGAGUAUCUGGCAUCGUUGGAGGCGGGUGCUCCGCAAGACGUGUUCCACCUGCCACCUUCAUCGGAUGUGCCUGUGGUGUUCGUCGGCGCCGGUACUGGACCCGAGUACGACUACCUGUACAAGGACGAGCUCGAGCAGUAUGUCCAAGACGGCACGCUGUCCAAGCUGCAGACAGCAUUCUCGCGGGUCGGUGAUGAGUGCAAGUAUGUGCAGCACCACGUUUCCCAGGAUGGAGCCAAGAUCUGGUCGCAUCUGCAGAGCGGUGGGCGCAUCUACGUCUGCGGAUCGGCUGAUAAGCUGGGCAAGAGUAUGAGUGCAGCCAUGGCUCGGAUCUUUGAAGAGCAUGGCGGCCUAUCUGCCGACGAGGCGAGCACGUACCUUUCCGACCUGAUCUCGGAUGGUCACUACGCCCAGGAUAUCUGGUAG